CCACCUUCCUACUUUGAUCGAUUCAGUUCGAUGAGUUCAGUUCUUUAGUCGAUCUCACAGGAAGUACAUGCACUUUAUUUUACAACCUCAGUAAGGACGGAGAGUAAAAAAUGGGAUACUUUAAAUUCCGAUGGAUGGCAAAAGUUGUUGCCAUCAUGGAUCUUUUAUUGACCAGUUUAAGCAUCUGGAAGCCAAUUUUGAUUCUAUGUUCCGCACUCGCUGCAACGAAACGGUCCAGUCUUGGGAACAGCCUUCCAGAUAAUAUCAACGUCGAAGAUGUGGUCAACGAGAACACGAAAGGCCUUGAUCUGGAAGGCCGCAAUCUUUCCGCCUUCUUGCUCUGGAUUGCUUUUAUUUUGUCAUCAGUUUUCAUAAUUUUUCAGCUUAUCGCGGAUGUGCGCCUCCUUAGAGCUGUGCACGUUGUGUUUGACGACGCCAAAAAAGCAAGUGCAUCAGCUCGAUUUUGGCGUAAUGUGACUACCACAUUUACCAUGUCGACAAUGAUUGUCAUAGCUUUCGGUCCGAACGCAUUCAACUACGGUUUCUGUAUUACGUCAAUCCUCUUCCAUUUUAUUGGGAUUUAUAUUGUUGUUCAAUUUAUGAAGGAAAUUGAGACUGAUUUUGGAAACAGUUGUCAUGGUCAGGUUACUAGAACAGUUACCACAGUCGGGGGCUUAUCUGUUUCUGGAUGCGAUAAUCCUCCAAGCUAUGAUCAGGUUAACUCUUUCAAAGUAUGAAGAUACACCUUAUGUUAUGAUAAAAAAGUUGGAAUGUAUGUAAAAAGUGCUUAUGUAUAACACUAUUUAUACUAAAUAAAUAAUUUAUAAUAUUUAUGUUUAAUAUUUAUAAUAAAUAAAAUAUUUAUGUUUA